GGGCUGAUUUUUAUAGUGGAUAGAAUCCGCGUCUCCCGCGAGUUCACAACAAAUUUAUAAAUAGAUUUCCUAUGGAGGGGACCUUAAUAUCGCGUGAAUUGUUUACAACGAAACUGAUCAGUCCGUCGCAAUCUCGACUCCGACAAGUUCAUCGUCAGACGAGAGAAAAAAGACUUAAACAUCCAUAGUACGAUGCCACCAGGAAACGGAAGCUCGACCGCCUGCAAACAAGAUUCCGAAGACUACCAAACUAUUAAACUUUUAGAUGGAGGGUUCGCAUCUCAAUUGAGUUGUCACGUCCGGAAUCAGAUCGACGGGGAUGUCCUCUGGAGCGCACGAUUUUUGUCGACCGACCCCGAAGCUGUGAUAAGGACGCAUCUGGACUUCUUAAUAGCUGGAUCAAACAUCAUCGAAACUAAUACAUAUCAAGCAAGCAUCGGCGGCUUCAAGGAACACUUGAAUCUGACCGAGGAGGAAUCUUAUGCUCUCAUUAAGGAAGCCGUAUAUUUGGCCAAAAGCGCCUUAGAAAGGUUUAAGAAAGAAUACAUUCCAGUGGCAGAUUACGCCAAAUUCAAUAAUGACAGGCCUUUGAUUGUUGGAUCUGUGGGUCCGUACGGUGCAUCGCUACAUGACGCUUCUGAAUACUCAGGGUCUUAUGCAAAGACGACGCCAGUGCAAACAAUGAGGGAUUGGCACAGGCCGAGAAUCGCAGCUCUCGUUGAAGCCGGCGUCGAUAUGUUGGCUUUAGAAACGAUACCUUGCAAGGCUGAAGCGGAGAUGCUAGUUCAACUCAUCAAAGAAUUUCCUAGCGUUAAGGCGUGGCUGGCUUUCAGCUGUGGCCAAGAUGGAAAGUCCACCGCUUACGGGGAGAACUUCCAACAAACUGCUAAAAAGUGUUACGAGAUGAAUCCUCAGCAAUUAGUGGCCGUUGGCGCCAAUUGUUUAGCACCAAGACUAGUGGAGUCUUUGUUUACGGGCAUUAACAAAGGCAGAGAGAACAGACCGAUUCCAUUGAUCGUAUACCCCAAUAGUGGAGAAAGUUACAAUGUGGAACAGGGUGAAUAUUCCAGAUGGAUUGACAGGGAGAAGUGUGAACCAGUGGAAACUUACAUCCACAAAUGGCUGGACUUGGGAGUCAAAUACAUUGGAGGUUGUUGCAGAACUUAUGCAGCAGAUGUUACCAGGAUAGGAAAUGAAGUGAGGAAGUGGCAAUUCAUGCAGCAGGAGCGACAAAUCAAUGGCGUCAAUUAAUAUUAAACUUGGACUAUAUUAUAAAACUUACAAAAUACAUAUAUUAU